AUGCAUAGCGCCUUGCGAGGUGCCGUUGCAGCAGGCCGCCCGCACAUGGAUUAUGUCUCAAACACAACGUAUCGUGUCUCCCCUCUUUCAAAUUCAUCGAUUCACCAGCGAAUAUCCAUUGCGUUUCCCAAUGUUCCACCACCUGGCCAUCUGGAAACCUUCACCCUGGCUACUCAUUCCUCGGCGGACAGUGACCUCACCGCUUGCCUGUGGGUCGAGGAAGAGAGGCUACACGAUACUCUUACCACACUCACAAAUUGGCAAGGACCCAUGUCUUUGGUCAUCGUGACCGUCUCUGCACAGUUAGGUUCAACGGACCGUCUUAACAUGCUCAAAAGGUUUCCGGAACUUAUGGACCUCUAUGAUACACGUGCCUCAUCCGGUCUGUCGUUCCACGUACUCCAAGUCUCGUCUUCUUCUGGAGGAUCCGCCAAUGCCUAUUUGAACGUUGCUCGUCUCCUGGCGCCCACCGAUCGGGUUGUCCUGUUCCCCGAUGGUUUACCUUCGCACCUAUCAAGUGACAAUGUGUACAACUCCAUUGUUCGGUCGACGUCCCCGCUACCUCUCGUACUGGGUAACAAUAGCCGUAGGAUAUAUCCAUUCGCCCCGAUGUCCCCUGUUGUUCUUCCCAAGGAUUAUUCUUCGUGGUGUACCGAACGUUUCUCUCUUUUCCGAUCUCGAUCACUCGACUGGGAUGACUGUCUCUGGCAACUGUGGCUUGAAAGCGGUGGUGAGGUCAAAUCCGCGGCGGUGGAUGGCUGGCCAGGGGAGGAAGCUGGUAAACCGAGUGCUUCUAAUAACUCCGCCCUAUCCGCAAAGCUAAGACGACGCUGGACCGUCAAGUAUCGUGCAGAAGCCUGUGCUCUCGCCGUGAAAAGAGGACAGAUCUUGGAAGCAGCCAGUUAUGCAGACAAAAAGGCAUUCCAAUGGCGCAAGAAGUUUUGUCACGAGUUCAAGUCUCUGGGCACUUUCCCGCCAAACGUUGGUUAA